AUGGCUAAUAACGUAUACUCAACUACAGCCCUGGAGGCUAACCACAACCCACCACAACCACCACACCAUGAUUUUGUCGAUCAAAGAACCCCAAUAGAGAUGAAUCCCUCAAGGUCCAUGCAACGUUCCAAAACAGUACGCAAUCUCGGAAAUGCCGGAAGUAGAGUACGAGGCUUCUUCAAAAAGCAAAACUCAAAAGAAGUCGAUUCAAGUAAACCCACUCAAAACAUACGCGAUGAGCCUCAGUCGUUUUCGCCUGCUAGUACCCAGCGACCGACUCGACCAGUGUUACCAUCAUCAUCAUCUUAUAGUCCAAAGUCGCAAUUCGAACAGGACAGUGCUGAUCUAUCUCGACCACCAUCAUAUAAUAUAGAGCGAGCAGCACAAGAGAAAGAUUCGACAAUGGACACCCGAAUCAGUCAACCACCAGUUACGAAUGGCAUUCAGAAUAUAACCCCUUUAACUACAGACAAGGGUCAUGGUGAAUCAGCCGAGCCGCUUAAUUCAGAGGCGGCUGAGCUCAUGCGAGAAAUAGAGCAAGUGAAUGCUUCAAUUACGCGUGCUAAACAAGAGAUUGAAGCCGAAGCAGAGAAAAAACAGACAUUGCAGGCGGAAUUAGAUGAGGCCCGUAGAGUAUUCCAGGCACGAGAGAUGGAGUAUACCCAGGUCGAACAUAGUUUCUUCGCACACACCCGUGCUAUUCGUGCUACAGACGACGACUUAUCGACAAUUCGAGACUCAUUCAAACUACUAAAGUACUCAAUUACUCGUGUCAUCAUGACAUUAAACAAGAAGGCCGACAGAGCAACUGCCACCGAGUGUCUAGUAGCUGCAUGGCCUAACCUCAACGUAUUGGACCCUAAUAGUCCAACCAAGGAGCUUGAGUCAGCGCACAUCAAUCUCUUGGCCGAAAAAAAGGUUCAUGAGCACCUGGUCCAGUCUGUGUUCCGGUGUCCUAUUUAUCCUGGUUUAUCUGUGAACGAGUCAUUUGCUGCCCUUAAUGAGUGGCUGAUUUCGCACGACUCCAAGUUUAACGUUCGUCUCCGGCAACAGCUCGCGUCGAUUGUGGCUAAGAACAGCAAAGAAGGGGUUAUUUUCCAAGCAGGCCAUGCAGAAAAAAAAAAGAUUGCAGACAUGAUCUAUAAUGAUAUUGCAGAUAUAUAUGCUCCAUUCGUGCGCGAGAAUGAUGCAGCUGUCGAAGAAGACAAACGAUACUCGACCAAGAUUACCGAUAUAGUCGACAAGGCCAUGCGUUUGGUCGUAGCUAUCCGUGGCCAAGAUGUCGAUAUUUCCACACUCGAUAUCGAGGAAGGAAAACAAGCGUUUGACGAGGAGACGAUGGUUGAUGUCAAGGGCAAGACAACAGGCAUUAUUAGGUUCUGCAUUUGCCCUGUAUUUGUAGGUGGCGAUGGCGAACAUGGCUUUUUAGAGAAAGGCAAGGUUGUGGUAGGAAGCAGUUAA